AGCUAAAAAGAACAGACCAUCGAUUCAGAGUCAGAGUGAGUCAGAGAUGGAUCGAGACUUUCGAAUGAUAUACUAAUAUGUUAAUGUAAUUGAGAUUUCCCAUCCUUUUAUAACUUCUUUAAGUUAUUACAAGCGUAAAUAUAGUUAUAAGUAAUUAAAGUGUAUUGUAAGAAGGCUGUUAUCUAUAUAUGCAAUAAUUGUGCUUAAUCAUUGUAAUCUGAAGACUAUAAAGCACUGUACAACAGGUGUGGUGAGAACUCGCUGAGGAUAUAGGUGCAGACAUAGUAUUGUACAAGAUGACUCGCGUCGCUGUGGUAACUGGUGGAAACAAGGGUAUUGGCUUUGCCAUUGUGAAAGCCCUCUGUCAGAAGUAUGAUGGGAAUGUUUACCUAACAGCUCGUGAUACCAACCGUGGCACGAACGCCGUCGAUGAAUUGAAGAAGCAAGGCUUGAACCCAAAGUUUCAUCAAUUGGACGUUACUGAUGACGACAGUGUCAAUACAUUCCGGGAUUACUUGCAGAAUACAUAUGGUGGUCUCGACGUGCUGGUUAACAAUGCCGCCAUUGCAUUUAAAAUGAAUGCUACAGAGUCUUUCGGAGAUCAAGCGGAAGAAACAAUACGAGUAAACUAUUUCAGCUUGCGUCGAGUGUGUACCGCUCUUUAUCCGUUACUCCGACCGCACGCCCGGGUGGUUCAUGUCUCGAGCAGCGCCGGACGUUUGAGCAACAUUACUGGUGAAGCAUUAAAACAGAAAAUAGCUGAUCCAAAUCUAACUGAAACGGAACUGGACAAAAUCAUGCAUGACUUUGUCAAUGCUGCAAAAUCUGGUACGCACAUAGAAGCUGGUUGGUCAAAUUCAACAUAUGUAGCGAGUAAGAUCGGUGUUACCGCUUUAGCUUGUAUUCAUCAAUCCAUGUUUAAUGCGGAUUCCCGAGAGGAUAUUGCGGUAAACGCGGUGCAUCCUGGUUAUGUAGACACUGAUAUGACUAGCCACAAGGGAACUUUGACACCAGAUCAAGGAGCUGUAGGCCCUGUCUACUGCGCGUUGUUACCAGAAAAUACAGAAAUAAAAGGAAAAUAUAUUUGGUUUGAUAAAACGUUAGCAGAGUGGAAGUAAAAAAAAUAUGCACACAUAUACUCACAAAGAUAUGGAAACGAGAUUGCACUAAUCAUUCUUAUAAUGCAUAAUGAUGUGCCUACAAUAGAUGCAGUAAGCCUUAAGAUAUGAAAAAUUGACCACAAUUGAGUGUGAAGAGAAUAAUCGACUGUAAUUGGUUAAUUUCUUAUGGCUUAAGGCUUAUUGUAUUUAUAGAUUGAUAGAUGUUUUAUUUUUAUCACAUUAAAUAUACUCAAUAAAAAAAGAAACAA